GCUUAUCAACAACUACAAAUGUAGCGUCGUCUCACCGCAAGCCCUCAAGCGCGGGAGGCACCAAGAAACAAGCUCUCUCUCUCUCUCUCUCUCUCUCCUCACUCACUCGCACCUCUCCCACGCUUCUCGUCCUCCCCAAGAUCCCCAAAACCACAGCUCCAAGGCGAAACCCUCACUCCGGCUCGAUCACUGCGAUCAAUGGCAGUCUCUUCCGUCUUCUUUCGCUGUUUUCUUCCUCCUCAGCAGGACGGCGAUCGCAUUUCGCUCCUCAAAUGCAUGCCCGAUUUCAAAAUCAAGGUUCACGGCAGCCGUGGCGGCAGAGGGAGAACGUUGGUUUCCCAUAGACGCAAUGUCCGGUGCGACUUCUCGGCCCAGGAGCAACCGCCGAAAUCUAAGCAGAAGCCAAGCCAGUCGCCGGGAAGGAAAUCGGAGACUGAUGUCGACCCUGUUGGGUUUCUCUCCAAGUAUGGCAUCUCUGACCGUGCCUUCGCCCAAUUCCUCCGUGAUCGGCAUAAGGCAUUGAAGGACCGCAAGGUUGAGCUGUUUUCUCGGUUUCUUGACAUCUCAGUCGCAUCUUCAGGGUCUGAUAUAUUGGGUAUGCAUCGCCACAGGCAGCACAGGGUGGAUUUCAUGGAGUGGGCACCAGGUGCUCGAUAUUGUUCACUUGUUGGAGAUUUCAAUGGUUGGUCACCAACAGAAAACAGUGCAAGGGAUGGACACUUUGGACAUGAUGAUUUUGGCUAUUGGUUUAUUAUUCUUGAAGAUAAGCUUCGUGAUGGGGAAGAAGCAGAAAAGUAUUAUUUCCAAGAGUACAAUUAUGUAGAUGAUUAUGAUAAAGGAGAUAGUGGUAUAAGCGCUGAAGAAUUACUAAAAAGAGCAAAUGAUGAAUAUUGGGAACCUGGAGAGGUUCGUACUCGGAAGUCUACUUUGGAAAUGGUCUCAAAGUUAUAUGAGCAGAUGUUUGGUCCAAAUGGUCCACAGACAGAGGAAGAAUUAGGUGAAAUUCUUGAUGCUGAAACACGAUACAAACAAUGGAAAGAAACCAAUAAAAGUGACCCUACUAAACCUUGUUUUGAUGUUAUUGACAAUGGAAAGGAAUAUGAUAUCUUCAAUGUGGUCAGUGAUCCUGUAUCACGUGAAAGGUUCCGAUCAAAAAAACCUCCACUCGCGUACUGGAUAGAAAUGCGGAAAGGUCGAAAGGCGUGGUUGAAGAAGUAUAUACCUGCAAUUUCUCAUGGAAGCAGGUACAGAGUAUAUUUUAACACUCCUGAUGGGGCCUUGGAACGAGUGCCUGCUUGGGCCCCGUACGUUCUUCCAGAUGUUGAUGGGCAGUCAGCAUGUGCGGUUUAUUGGGAACCAUCUCCUGAAGAUAUUUAUAAAUGGAAGAAUAAACGCCCUAUAGUCCCUAAAUCUCUUCGCAUAUAUGAAUGUCAUAUUGGAAUUAGUGGAUCUGAGCCAAAAAUUUCUUCUUUUAAUGAGUUUACCUUGAAGGUACUUCCACAUGUGAAAAAUGCAGGAUAUAAUUGCAUUCAGUUGAUCGGGGCUGUGGAACAUAAAGAUUAUUCCUCAGUCGGCUAUAAGGUUACAAACUUCUUUGCUGUUAGCAGCAGAUUUGGCACCCCAAAUGAUUUCAAGCAGCUGAUUGAUGAAGCACAUGGGCUUGGGCUCCUGGUUCUUUUAGAUGUUGUUCAUUCCUAUGCUGCAGCAGAUGAGUUGGUUGGGUUAUCGUUGUUUGAUGGUUCUAAUGAUUGCUACUUCCAUUCAGGUAAACGAGGUCAUCAUAAAUAUUGGGGAACUCGAAUGUUCAAAUAUGGUGAUGUUGAUGUAUUGCACUUUCUUUUGUCAAAUUUGAAAUGGUGGGUUACAGAAUAUUGUGUUGAUGGCUUUCAGUUCCACUCUCUUGCUUCUAUGAUGUAUACACAUAAUGGCUUUGCUAAUUUUACUGGCCAGAUGGAGGAGUUUGCCAAUCAAUAUGUUGACAAAGAUGCUCUGAUAUACCUCAUUUUAGCAAAUGAGAUGCUGCAUGAACUCCACCCAGAUAUUAUAACAAUUGCAGAAGAUGCAACAUUUUAUCCUGGAUUAUGUGAAUCAACAACUCAAGGUGGAUUAGGAUUUGAUUACUAUGUCAACCUUUCUGUGAUGGAUUUAUGGUUAUGGCUUCUUCAAGAUGUCCCUGAUCAGGCUUGGAGCAUGAGCAAGAUAGUGAAUGUGCUCGUAAAUAGUCAGAGUAACAAUCGUAGGAUGCUUGUCUAUUGUGAGAAUCAUAAUCAGUCCAUAUCUGGAGGAAGAUCAUUUGCGGAAAUUUUAUUCGGUAAUAACAAUCAGAAUUUCAUUGGCUUGGAAGAUUUUGAAUUUAGAGGUUCCUCACUACACAAGAUGAUCAGAUUGAUUUCAUUUUCAAUUGGUGGAUCUGCUUAUCUCAAUUUUAUGGGAAAUGAAUUUGGACAUCCAAAUAGAGUUGAGUUCCCAAUGGAAAGCAACAACUACUCAUUUGCUUUUGCCAAUCGUAAAUGGGAUCUCUUGAAGGAUAAGGGAUUGCACAUGGGCCUAUUUAACUUUGAUAAGGAGAUGAUGAAGUUAGACGAAAAGGAACAAAUACUUUCCCGAAAUCCAUCAACUGUGCAUCAUGUAGAUGACUCAAAAAUGGUGAUAUCCUAUAUUAGAGGACGUCUUCUCUUUGUUUUUAAUUUUCAUCCUGAGAAGUCCUAUGAAAAUUAUAGUAUAGGAGUAGAAGAAGCUGGUGAAUAUAUGGUGAUACUGAACACCGAUGACGUGAGCUUUGGUGGGCGAGGAGUAAUCCAGAGUGAUCAAAAUCUCAAAAAGACAAGUUCAAAAAGAACUGAUGGUUACCGGAAUUCCUUGGAGGUUACUUUGCCUUCUAGAAGUGCGCAGGUAUAUAAAUUAACUCGUAUCCUGAGAAUAUAAAUCCGUGUUACGUCAAGCAAAAGCAAGAUCUUUUGGAUACGUGUUUCAAACUGUUCUAGCAGUUCGAAUUCUUCACUUGGAACCAGGUAAACUAAUGUGUGUUCAAGCCUCCAAUACAUUGUAUCAUUUCCCCUGUAUUAAACAUGAAUCUGUAGGCAAUGUGACAUUAGUGAGGUUGAUUUCCUGGAGCAACCCCUAAUCUGGCAAGCAGUUAAGUAAUUGGUGAUACAGCUUCCGGAACUGCUAUAAGAUGUGUAUCAGCUGCUUAUGCAUGAUGGAUGAUCUUACUGGCGGAAUUUAGCUGGAGGCAUUUAGCUUUUGUCUGGAGCUGGAAGCAGAUGUGUUGCCUUUGUACUGAGAGUAAUCAACUGUGCUUAAAAUUCUUCUGUAAGAAUAAUUCAAUGUCCAAACAUUUUAAUUAUCUUCAUCAUCUUUAUGCUAUCUAUUUAAUUAA